AUGAAGAGCCGUCAACUGCCGUCAGACGAAUCCUCCGUGCGCCUGAAGGCACGGGGUCGCGUCAGUGAACAAACCUUGGCCACCACGGGGGACUUUCUUUACAUUCAGGGCGGAACUGCGAUGAUACCCAAUAGUGACUAUAAAGGUGGGGCCGUUGAGGACAGGACAUUUGUACUCCCGCUCAAAGAAUCCUGGAGCACGAAUGACCUCGAUCUGGACAAGAAAGGAUAUGCAAAUCCGGGCUACGUUGGAGUAGCUUCAAUGUCAAUGGCAAUGUGGACUUCUCCAGGAAAUAAAGAGCUGCUUUUUUGGGGGGGUCAGUCGGCCCUUAAGGGGGGAAACAAAGGCUCUCGAGAUGCACGCUUGCAAAAGUUUACCCCCGACAGUCCUGGGAGCAAAAGUGGCAGCUGGAGGUCAGUACCUUCGGAGCCCACAGUUGAGUCCAGUCAGCAGCGUGUAUACCGCACAUAUGGAGGCAGCUGGACACAGUGCAACGGACUCGGGUUUUAUCUGGGUGGCGCUGUUAGCAACGAAACAGAUUCCCAUUUCCCGAACGUGGGCAGCGACUGGACGACGCUCAGCGGUCUUAUCAUUUACGAUAUAGCAUCCGACACAUGGCAGAACCGAAGCACCAAGAGUUUUGGGAACGGCGGUGGGAGUUAUACAUGGGGAUCUGCAGCAUGCCUGCCCACGCUAGGGACAAACGGUAAGGGCAUCGUCGUCUUUAUAGGCGGGAGCCACGCCAAUCUGCUCCAAAACUCCCAAGCCUCAACAGACGAAAUGCUGCCAAUGAACGAAAUCAAUUUCUACGACAUUGGAUCGGGCCGAUUUUAUAAGCAAAGAACAACCGGCGCUACCCCGCAACCGAGACACGGAGGAUGCAUAGUGGCUGCCAAAGCCGGGAACAGCAGGACUUACGAAGUCGUAGUCUAUGGAGGUUGCAAGCAACCAAAGGACACUUAUAUCCUUACAAUCCCGGGGUUCAGGUGGUUUUCUGCCGACAGCGCCAAUGGCUCGCCUGAUAACGACAGACAAUACCACUCCUGCGCAAUCAUUGGCAAGGGUGCCCGCCAGAUGGUCGCAUAUGGAGGUUACCCAACAACCCUGGAUGGGUCUUGGCAAAAUUUCAGCAGUACUGCAAACCAGUGGGGGGAUAGCUCGCUGCAGGUUUUGGACAUGACGGAGCUCAAAUGGAAAGAAACCUACGACUCCGAUGCCCCCAGCUAUCAACAGCCAACCAUGGUACGGAACUGGUAUAAAGAAUCCGGACUCAAAAACGUGUCAUGGAACAGUGAUAGUGUCAGGGCGCUAUUUGCAAACCUUAUUGAAAAUCCGCUCAGCGACGAACCCUUAACCGCCAACUCGCCCAGCUCCGCAGGAGCUCCCAUUGGUGCUAUCGUGGGAGGCGUGGUCGGUGCUAUCGUUGUGCUGAUACUAAUUGCAGGCUCUCUGCUAUACUUGUGCUGGUACAAACCACGGCGUCAGGGUCCAAGUUCCACUCACGAGCCAAUGCAGCCGGAAUACGUUGGAUCUAGCAACCGGCAAAGCCAGGGAAUUGCCAACUUAUACCAACCACCCCCACAACACUUCGAUGCACAUACCAACCAGUUGGAACAACAGCAUGCUUACUCGUCCAAGCGCUGUGCGGAGCUGCCAUCUCCGCCGUCAUCACCACCACCGCACAAAGAGAACGAGAUGCGGAUGGGGUCGCAUAGUGAAGGGGCUCACAUAUUCUGCCAGGAGCUGCCUGCUUAUCGUGACCCUCGGGCUACCUAA